AUGAAUUCGAGAGCUGAGGCAGGGGAUUAUCUUCGCAAUGGAACUUUGCCUCUUCAUGGCACUUAUGAAGGUUUCCUCGAGCAACUGAUGAUAGCUUUGCUACUGGCUAAUCAUGUACCCCAGUUGCUUCUUUUCUCAAGUGCGACAGCUAUGCACAUCUCAUUUCUUGCCAUAUUUUUAGAGGCCUUAUCUCUAGCGAGGGGUUCCACGGAAUACUAG